AUGGACGUUGUUGAGGUGAAACCUGCCGGUGCUUUACAGGCUGUGAGAAGGCGACCCUUGGAGCGGCGUCCGUUAUACGUUCACGAGGGAGUAAUAGCACGUCUUGAAACCUAUGAGCGUAAGAGAGAGUCUUUACGAGGAUCAGGACUGCAAUAUGUACUUCGUAAUCUGAAUCAACAUUGUAAACAGCUAAGUCCAGAACGGUUACUGGAAGCUCUUCGAAUACUAAGUGAAAACCAACUUUUCGAUCGGCGGACUUUGUACAAUCUGUACGAAACCAUCGCGCUAAACGUGCUCUAUUUCACACCACAGCAACACCGUGUACUCUUACAGUGUAUAGGUAAAUGUUUGGCAUACACGGUUCAAGGUACAAAGCUGCCUAGAUCUAAAGAAUGUGAAUUUAUAGUAUCACAGCUCAACCUUGUAUUAGACCGUAAAACAGAACAGAGUGCCGUGUCUAAUGGUUCAGAAUUGUUUGAUCCAUGUAAAGAAGGGUUGAACUCUGUAACAACACUGGCGGUCACUUCAGCUCCAACAAGUGAUAUUGACGUUGCUACGAUAUCCAUUGGAGAUUUUGAUGGAGGGCCAGUUCCACUCUCUGAAUUAAAUAGGCUGAGUUAUGAUAUAGUACGUAAAAUAUCGGCUAUUUACAACGACACUGGGCAGCCGUAUCGCCGCGGAGUUAUCUCUGAUUUGGUUGAUAUACUGUGUCUGAAUCUCAGAAUACUUUUGAAGCUAUUCCCUGCUAUGGAUAUUCCAAAAGUGCACAUAUUGGAAUGUACGAAGGCCAUAUGUAACCAGUUUGACCUUCUAUAUGUUGGCCGUUUCGAAAGUUCUCAAGUUCUAAUUGAAGAGCUGCUGUCAUAUGGCAAUAUUGUGGCUGAUGCUAUUUCAAUUCUACUCUUGAACACAUUUCCAAAACUGAUACAUAGUACAUAUAUGCCACGUGGUCUAACUUCGGAUGUGACAUCAGUUUCAAAUUAUCUUAAAUUGGACCUGCUUCGUGAUUUGAAGAAAGUAGAGUCAGCGUACAUCGCAGGUGAUACGCUCUUAUUUAACAUGAUGUCUGACAGUUUCUACAGUUUUGUGAAACAAUCUCCGAAGAAGGAUGAAUAUACGUUAAGUUUAGAAACUCAACAGUUCAUUAUAGAUAUGAAGCAGCUCUGGUGCCAAUUGGAUCGGUUCUGCAAUUUUGUCGUGUCAUUAAACCAUGGUUGCAAGGAUGACCUCUUAAGGCUUUUGUCAUUACAUGCUGCCUUGAAAAAGGUUCUUGGCCUGUUUGACAACCAUGGCCAAUUGGUGAAGGGAGAACAGCGUUAUUGCCCCAACGACCUUUAUUCUAGUUCAUUGGACACAAUGGGUUGUAUCCAAGAUAUAAGUGCUAAAUCAGUAUGCUACUUUCUGGGUAUACUGUCGGAAAAUCGCGUGACCACUUGCAACCAGAUUGACCAACGUAUCGGUGAUACUCUGCGUCAAUGUUUCUACAAGAUUCAGAACAACUGCAAACCUUUGACCACUGCAGAUAUACUCUAUGUACUGGAAAGUUGCUAUUACAGGUUUGGAUAUCUACACCAUUACGCUGCACGUGUGAUGUUGAAUACGGCAAUGUCACGCCAUGUUGUUACCCAUAUGGAUACAGUAUUGGCGGCCAACAUGCAUCUGUUGUGUCUCACUAUCCCUUAUAACAUGGUUACAUAUGUUGACCCCAAGAGUUUUCUACGUGUUACGUCUUACGUGGAGAGUAUUGGGAUCGGUGACGAGCAUUUUGGCAGUAGCGUAUCAAAAGUUCCCAAUAGAUAUUAUGGAUGUGCUGUGGAGCCCACAGCAAGGCCACGUCAACAUGACCACUUUCCCUUGGCACAUUUUGAUAGGCGUAUGUACCGUAACAGAUGCCUCUGCAGCAGCUACAAUUACAGUUUAUCCAAGGUUCAGCAGCCGUUACGCAAAGCCGUAACUGGCAACACUGCCAGUAGCAAAGUAUGUGCGACAUACCUUUACAGGAUCUGGGAGGUACUGCAUCCAGAUCGCCUUAGAAAGGUCAUGUCACUCGUCCAUUAG